GCAGAGCUGGGCCUUAAUGAGCACCACCAGAAUGAAGUGGUCAGCUACAUGCGUUUUGCUCGUUUCAAGCGUGGGCUGUGCCUCAAAACAGUGGAUUCUUGUUUCCAGGACCUUAAGGACAGCAGGCUGGUUGAGGAGACCUUCACGGUCGAUGAGGUGGCAGACAUGCUGGAUGGGCUGCAGACCGUUGUGCACAGUGAAGUAGAGUCAGAGCUCAUCAAUACAACCUACACCAACGUCCUGCUGCUCCGGCAGCUCUUCUCGCAGGCCGAGAAGUGGUACCUGAGGCUGCAGACAGAUGUCUCCGACCUGGAGAACCGAGAACUGUUGGAGCAGGUUGCUGAAUUUGAAAAGUCAGAAUUUACCUCUUCAAACAAGAAGCCCAGCACAGAUCUCACUAAGCCCAAACUGGCUCCAUUAAAUGAAGGUGGGUCAGAGCUGCUGAACAAGACAGUUGCUCAUCUCCAAGAAGAAAAUGAGAAGUUGAAGGCCAGGCUCAGGACCAUAGAAACACAGGCUACAGCUGCACUAGAUGAGAAGGUCAAGCUGGAGAAGUCACUGAGGGAUUUACAGGUGAUCCAAGGAGAUCAAAAGACCGAUGCAAACCAGGACAUUACUGAACUGGAAGAUAAAGUGGCAGCUUUGAAGUGCCAGUUUGAGAAGACUUUGAAUGAUGCUACUGAAAACCAAAAAUCCUUGGAAGACAACUUGGUGACCACAAAACAUGAUCUGCUUAAGGUUCAGGAUCAGCUCUCCACGGCUCAGAAGGAGCUGGAGAAGAAAUUCCAGCAAACGGCUGCCUACCGCAACAUGAAGGAGAUCCUCAGCAAGAAGAAUGAACAGAUAAAGGAGCUGCGGAAAAAGCUGGCCAAGUACGAGCCAGAGGACUAACAUACCCAGGCCAGCUGAUCUGUUGGAAGCUGCCGUAGAAAGAAAAUGUGAACUGGUAUUAUUUUUAAUUAACUUUUGGGUUGAGUGGUGCAGUUUUUUGCUUCUAGUGCUUACAAGUACUUUUUAUUAAUACUCAUAACACACUGAAACUCCUACCUUGCCUCCUUGUAAGCCUACAUUUGACAGGGAUUAGUUUCUGUAGCUGUGUUUUAACGUUCCUGGAGAAGUUGUGGAGAAGCUCAGCGAAUUGCCGAGGUCAUUCUCUGCAAAGAAAGGGGGGAUUUCUGGUGAGGAAGAAAGGGGUUUUGACACCUCUGAGGUGGCAGCUGGAGUUGUCACUUUUGUUAGCGUAGCCACAAGUGAAAAUGCCCCCGGAGGAAGCAGAAGGGAGGAAACAAAAUCACUCCAUGUUGUUUCACAUUGGACACGUGUGCCAGGUGGGCAGCAAGGCUUUGCUAGAGAGCGUUCAUCAGCCAGUGAGGUCAGUGCGUUCCAGCAGCAGUGCUGGGCCCGGUCGGGGAGAGGCACUGCUUGUGGCUCUGCCUCUUUACUGCCAUCUAUUUGAAACAAGUUGAAACAUCAGCAGGUGGAUUCCCCCUUUGCAAGUGUCCCUCACCUUAGGGGGAUCAUUGGAAAGGUUGCUGCUGGAGCAACUUUCCUGGGCAGGAAGUUAUUGUAUGUGUUCUUCUCCUUUCUUGGUGUUACCUUAGUAGAAAGCAGUUUACUCCUCUCAAGUCUCUUACUUGUAAUCCUCUGCUGUGCACUUCUCUGGCAGCCUCCAGCACUACCUUCCACUUGUUGGUCUGUCCCUGUUCAUGUGUAUGUGGUAUUUUACUCCAAAUAAAGCUGUUGUGUUUUCAAACA